AUGGCUGCGGUGAUUAACAACAUAACUGCUAAAAGGAAGAAAGAACAAGAUGCUGAUGACAAUGUCUCUUUGUCACAUAACAAGAAGCCACGUGUCGUCUGGACUCCUCAUCUGCAUUCAAAGUUUCUCGAUGCUGUUCAUGUACUCGGCUUGGACGAGGUUGUUCCGAGAAAAAUAAUUGCUUUGAUGAAUGUUGAAGGAAUUACCAAGCAACAUGUCGCAAGCCAUCUCCAGAAAUACAGACUCAGUCAGAAAAAGGCUAUCGACAGAGUUCCUUCAAAGAUAAUUGUUGAGCCUACUCAAUCUCAAACCUACUUCAACAUUCAUCCACAGUCCUACAACUUUCCUGUAAACCAAACCUCAAGUUUACUUCUCCCUAACAAUAAGCCUGUAGUCCAUCAGUCGAACAUGAGUGGAGUUGGAGUUGCUCCUUCAACCCUAAUUCAAUCUCAAAAUAUCAACAUCCAUCCACCAACAUCCACCUAUCCUAUCUAUCAUCAUACCCCUACUUUAUUUCCAUCUCCACUUGGAUUUCCAACCCCUGCUAAGCCUGUAGUCCAUCAAUCGAACAUGAGUGGAGUUGGAGUUGCUCCUUCAACCCCAAUUCAAUCUCAAAAUAUCAACAUCCAUCCACCAACAUCCACCUAUCCUAUCUAUCAUGAUACCUCUACUUUAUUUCCAUCUCCACUUGGAUUUCCAACCCCUGCUAAGCCUGUAGUCCAUCAAUCGAACAUGAGUGGAGUUGGAGUUGCUCCUUCAACCCCAAUUCAAUCUCAAAAUAUCAACAUCCAUCCACCAACAUCCACCUAUCCUAUCUAUCAUGAUACCUCUACUUUAUUUCCAUCUCCACUUGGAUUUCCAACCCCUGCUAAGCCUGUAGUCCAUCAGUCGAACAUGAGUGGAGUUGGAGUUGUUCCUUCAACCCUAAUUCAAUCUCAAAAUAUCAACAUCCAUCCACCCCCAUCCACCUAUCCUAUCUAUCAUGAUACCUCUACUUUAUUUCCAUCUCCACUUGGAUUUCCAACCCCUGCUAAUUCUUCCAAAAGCACGAGCAUUUGGGAUUAUCAUUGGCAUAUAACGGAACCUCACUCACUUCUAUUCCCUCACGGUUCCUUGUCGGUACUGGAGUCUCACAACACAAGUCAAAAUACUCAAAUGAGCUCACAACAGACAGAGCCAAUUAUUGUUGAAUCUACUUCUUUGGAAGACACAAACAUCAUGGAUUAUAAUUUAUCAUCACACAUGACCUUAAAAAUUUAUUAUCAAGUCUUCUUCUUAGUCCCGCAAACAAUCCACCUGUACGAGGUUCCACUUGUUCAAUGUAGCUUUCUAUUUAACGUGAACCUUCUUUUAAGGUCUUGCGGACGGUCCAAAACAAUUUUGAGAUAG